ACGGUUUUUGCACUGCAGAUUACUACAGAAAACGAAACAUAUAGACAUUAUCAUCAACAUUUUUCUCUCCAAAAUUGUAAAUCUCCCUUUUUUCCUCAUUUCUUUUCUGGGGUUUCUCUUCUUUUCCAGUUUUUACAAUCUAUAUAGUAACUCUUAGUAUUUCAAAAUAAAGACUUCAUUUAUUUAUUUUUCCCAUUGAAAAAGUAUGGUGGUUAUGGUUUCACGUACUGGCCGGCAUUUGCAGCGUUAUAACAAGGGUCGUCGCCAAGUUGUUGGAUGUAUACCGUACAGAUAUAAAGAUAUUAUUGACCUAUCUAUGGGGGAUGAAGAUGCAUUUGAAGUUCUUCUCAUAAGUCCUCAGAGAAAAGGAAAAGGAUUGUUGUUUCCAAAGGGAGGUUGGGAAAAGGAUGAAACAAUUGAAGAUGCAGCAAGACGCGAGACAAUAGAGGAAGCUGGUGUUUGCGGUGAUGUUGAGGGUAAAUUAGGAAUUUGGUACUUUGAGAACAAGAAUGGUGACACUGCCUAUGAAGGGCACAUGUUUCCUUUAUUUGUAACAGAGGAGCUAGAUUAUUGGCCUGAGAAAGACAUCCGCAAAAGAUUUUGGAUGAGCGUGCGAGAAGCAAGAAAACUCUGCCAAAAUGGGUGGAUGAAAGAAGCAUUAGAGUUGCUAGUUAGUCGACUCACAUCACAAAGUAGGCGGACUAAAGUCGACUUAUUUUCAAGAAUCAACUGCAGCUCCGGUGGCCAUGGAACUGUUUUGCACUUGGGGUGCAGGGCUCAAGUACUUGCUCCACCACUACCAAAUCCUGCAGAAGAGGCCUAGUUUCCAUAAGCCUAACGGAGGAGGUUAAAAUGUUAACGACAAAGGUAAAAAGUAGCUUGUAAAUAGGUAAUCAAUGAUGAACCCCUAACUGUUUGGUCUAGUGGUAAGAGAGUAGCACAUGGUGUGUAGAUUAGGCGCAUGUCAUGUUUUUCAAACCUGCCACAGGUAAAAGCCUUAUAUUUAAGUGGAUAAGACUAGAAGGGCGACCUCAUUAUCCACCAAGUUUCAAACCAUGCACCACCGGCCCUCGGGGAUUUUUUCUGUUAUCAAAAACUAGGAAGUCAAUGGUGAUGGAGUAAGUUAGAGUAAUCUGCUUAAUCAUGGAAGUAUUUAGUUUUUGUCUUGUUUUGUUUUCUCCAAAUUGGAGUUAUGUAAAUGCAUGAUAGACUUAAGUGGAUAAGACUAGAAGGGCGACCUCAUUAUCCACCAAGUUUCAAACCAUGCACCACCUGCCCUCGGGGAUUUUUUCUGUUAUCAAAAACUAGGAAGUCAAUGGUGAUGGAGUAAGUUAGAGUAAUCUGCUUAAUCAUGGAAGUAUUUAGUUUUUGUCUUGUUUUGUUUUCUCCAAAUUGGAGUUAUGUAAAUGCAUGAUAGACUUACUAUCUCACUGUCUUUUUUAGGAACUUUACCUUUGUAUAGGUACUAUGUAAUGAGUGCCUGAAGAUGGUGAAGUUACCUUUACGUUUUCAUGUCUUUAAAAGAUCCGAAUCUUGAUGUUUAA